CAUAAACUCGAGCUAAACGCUCGGAGGGAGAAGCAGUCUUUUCAACAUACGGCUUCAUGGAUUCUCCGACGAACACCACCACCCAAAACCCUAGUUCCGUCCCCGGUACUGUUCCCGGCUUCAACCAUAGCCACGCCAUUAUCUCAUCGCUCCUUUCGUUUCCAAACUCCUCUCCGAUCUCCAUCGGCUCCUCCUUCGAUCGAGAGCUCGACAAAGCUCUCGCUUCAGCUUCCGGCGACGUCUCCGCUCAGGACUCUCUUGUGGACCGUACUCUCCAGCUGGCGUCGCUUCUUCUAGACUCCACUAAACGAUGCUUCCGGAAGCGAGCUUCUGUUCACAACUUUAGUACCUGGUUCCUCCCUCCCGAACUCACCAUCAAGGUGUUUUCGAUGCUUGAUACAAAGUCUCUGAUGCAAGCUGCUGCGUGCUGCACCAUGUUCAACAGCUGUGCAAUGGACCGUUCAUCUUACGCCCACAUUGACUUGACAACCGCUACAAGACAAGCUGACAGUGGAGUUGUCUGCGUUAUGAUCCAUCGGGCUGGCAAAGAACUCAGAUCCCUCAAGCUUGGUCGUGUUGCUCGUUCAGAUGGAUCUGAUUCUACUCCAUCUUUGCUUAACGGAUCUUUUCUUUCCCCACUUUCCUAUAAUCAUGGUUUUCUUGGGAGUCGCUUGAGAAGCCUACGGCUUUACAAUAUCAGACCGAUUAACUACACUUCCUUUAUUGAGGUGUUGUCAGUUUGUUCGAAUCUCACUGACCUGAGGAUUUCUGGAUUAAAAUUUCCAGGAAUGCUUCUAUUUAAGAAACUGACAGAAAAAUGUCGUCUCAUAGAGAACCUGUGCUUGGAGGCCUAUCAAGUCCCAGGUACUACGGACACAAACGCAGGUUCACCUUUGAUAGACUUUGUUACCAACUCCUACAACUUAACUUCUCUAACCCUCAUAAGUUAUCGACUAACCGAUGGAUUGGCCUUGAAUCUUGCUGAGAGUUCUAGUAAACUGAAGUACCUGAACUUGUCCAGAUCGCCAACACUCAAUGGUCGUUUUUUGAGGGAUUUGGGUCAUAGCUGCAAAGAGAGUUCACUCGAGACUCUAAUAAUGCGCAACUGCUACUAUCUACAAGAGAAAGAAGUGUUGGAACUCUGCAACUCAUUAAUCAAGGGAAAGUUCAAAUCCAUUCGGCACAUUGAUGUUUCAAGUAACAGUGGCAUACUGUCUAAUAAUGGCGCGAGAAUUUACAAACCAAAGUUGCCUUUGGAGAAACUGAAAGAAGAAAGAUCAGAUGUCACAUUUGUGGCGGAUUUUCCAUUAGUAAGGUCAGGAAAGCGUUACCGUGUCUGCGAUGAAGGGGCUGAAGAAGAACUGAGGGAGAUAGAGAUGAUGGAAGCCAAUAACGUUGGAGGGAGUGAAGAUGAGUCUGACGAUGAAGAGUUUGAUGAUGACGAGGAUACAAGCAAUGGAACGGGUGAAGAUGACUCGGAAGGGGAUUUGGAAUUUUGAUGAUUAGAACUGUAAGUUAAUCAAUCAUCUAUAUGUUAACGAUGCGAAGUCUGCUUUAGGCUUUAGCACUGAUGUUGUUAAGGAGACAUGGGGGUUUAUGUAAAAUAAACAGAAGUGUUCGAAUUUUAUUUGUAAACCUUGAAUGAAUUUAAUAUUAGUUAGUAUCCCCUAGUC